AUCUAGGAUCACUUGAGCCUACCCCAAGAUGUCUCAACUCCUCAGUAACAUCAAUGGCAUCAUUAGUGCUUUCGACAAGUACGCAAAGCAGGACGGGGACUGUGCGACCCUCAGCAAGGGGGAGUUGAAGCAGCUGAUCCAGAAGGAGUUUGUCGAUGUGAUUGUGAACCCGUACGACCCCGAGACGAUUGAGACAAUGCUUCAGCUGCUCGACACCGACAGCGACGGCAAGGUGGACUUUGAGGAGUUCACCGUCCUGGUGUUCAAAGUGGCCAAGGCCUGCUACAAGAAAGUGAGCGACUGCCGGGCACCGGCAGAAGGGCAUUCUGGGAAAACAGGAAGUGGCACAACACAGCAGGAUUGGUUGAGGAAACAAGCCGUCAAUGUCCACAUGAGCCCCUCACGCCAGACGAAGAGCCAAGUCAAGAGCAGACCAAUCAACAAUGUACCUAUCUGGUGGAGCAAACUCUGA